GAUCUGAAGGAUGUUAUGACCACCAAGCCUGCCCACACGCCGGACCGACACCGACAUUUGCCGCCCGCUCCUACAAAUCAGAAGCCGUGUUCGUCGCCGCGGGAUCGGGCUGGGCGCCACCACCAUCCCCCUCUCCCCAACUCAACUCAUCUCCUUCCCUUACCGACAGCAGCAGUAGCCGCAGCAGCUGCGCGUCUCUGACCACCAUGGGCAACCCAUCGCCCAACCGACCCUCUGAUCCGCCGCCUUCUACCACCACCGCCGCCGCCGCCCCCAAGAAGUCCCACCCGCUGGGCCUCCUCGACUCCGUGGCCUCCUCCACGCGCUCCCUCCUCACCGCGGCCCGCCGCUCCCCCGUCACCACCCUCGUCGCCGCCUUCUUCCUCCUCGCCCUCUUCAUGUACGGCGAGGACGUCCGCACCAUCGCCGAGCUCUCCAUCGACGACUACCUCUACCCCGACGCCGACGUCUACAACGUUUCGGGGUUGCCUCCCCUGGUGCUCCCGCCGCCAUCCUGCGACCUCUCCCGCGGUCGCUGGGUAUUCGACAACACCUCCCUCCCGGCAUACAGAGAAAAAGAGUGCACCUUCCUCACCGCGCAGGUCACCUGCCUCGCCAACGGCCGACCUGACGAUAGAUGGCAGUACUGGAAAUGGCAGCCAAGCAACUGCUCCCUCCCAACGUUCGAUGCUCGGAGAUUCAUGGAGGCGAUGCGCGGGAAGCGGCUCAUGUUCGUGGGGGACUCGCUCAACCGGAACCAGUGGGAGUCGCUGGUGUGCCUGGUGCAGCCCAUUUUGUCCAAGGGCAGGAAGAAGGUGGUCAAGCGGGGCUCCCUCACCAUCUUCCAUGCCAAGGAGUACCGCGCCACCCUCGAGUUCUACUGGGCGCCCUUCCUCGUUGAGUCCAACUCCGACAACCCCAAGAUCCACAGCAUCGAGCACCGGAUCAUCAGGGCCGAGCGGAUCGAGGGGCACGCUAAGUACUGGAGGGACGUCGACUACCUCAUCUUCAACACCUACAUCUGGUGGAUGAACACCGCCGACAUGAAAGUCAGGAGGCCAAAUUCGAGGUAUUGGUCAGAGCAUGAUGAGGUCCCGAGGAUAGAAGCGUAUGGCCGGGUGUUCAAGACAUGGUCGAACUGGCUGGACGAUAAUGUCGAUCCGGCGAGGACGUCGGUGUUCUUCAUGACAAUAUCUCCUCUUCACAUCAGCCCAGAUAAAUGGGGAAACCCCAACGGGAUAAAGUGCGUAAAGGAGACGCUUCCGUAUCUGAACUACACUGAACCCCUCGACCUUAACCACGACAUGCGGAUAUUCGACCUAGUAGCAAAGGUGUCCAGAUCCAUGAAGAGAGUUCCGGUUACACUGAUCGACAUCACAAAGAUGUCAGAUUACAGGAAGGACGCCCACACGUCGUUGUAUUCGAUCCGGCAAGGUAAGCUGCUGACGCCAAAGCAGAAGGCCGAACCGGACAAGUUUGCCGACUGCAUCCAUUGGUGCCUUCCUGGUGUGCCGGACGUCUGGAACGAGAUACUUUAUACAAGGAUCCUUUCGAAAUCUUCACAUUCUCCCCCUUCUCCCUCUCUGCCACUUCCUCCGAAAUGAGAAGCAGGGGUUCCGUUUUUUGCCAUGGCAUAGGAAAUGUAUCACUAUUCAUUUUUUUUUCUUUUUUGCAUAGAUUGAGUAGAGGUUAUAGGAAGGGAAUUGAAAGGGCUGUUUACUGAUGGCAUGCAAGAUCGUUCGAUUGAAUUGUAAAUUAGUUCUGAGCUAGCCAAUCGAGCAAACAGCACUCUGGUAGACACUUGCAGUCUGAAAAUAGUUUCCAGCCAGAAAUUGGUUAUAUAAUAUAACCUGCUGGAUGAUACGAAAGUGCAAACUACUACUUAAAGCUUGAAAAGACAUGGGAAUCGUUCACUCUUUUCAUUGUACCCAUUUUUGUAUACAGGACAGGAGAAUCAUGUAAAAUUUCUGAAGAAGUGGUGGCUGUUUUUACCGUU